CGCAGUGUUUUGAUUUUUGACAAGUGCAGUCGACUCGACUUUCAGCUUCAGAUUAUCCACAACAAAGUGGGUUGGAUGGACCAUCAUGGGGAACUCCAACAGCCACAAGCGGACUGGAUGUACCAACAAAGUGGAGCACUGGUCGUUGAUCCAGAACACACCAGUAACAGGAGUCCUGCAGUCUUGUUCCUAUGGCAGAUGGAUAAAAACUCAGCGCACCAUUUGUGGUUAUGCAGAUUAUGCUGACUUCACUACUUGUCGUGAGUCCAGGAGAAGGUGUGGAGUACUUGCCAAACCUGACACCACAUGUGGGAGAUACUUUGUACCAAGUUUCAAAUCUAAAUCUGAAUUGCUUAUUGUGGAAAAACAGAAAUGGUAUGUUGGGAACUUUAAACUCCCACGUGUACCUGUUCCAGACCCACAAUGGGUCCGCCAUUCUCAACAUAAUCGGAAUCGCAGGGAAUGCAGUGUUAUUGCAUACAGCAAUGGACUUGUCGUUGUUCAGAUAAACACCAACAGGUACUACUUGUCACCAAAGUUCUAUAUACUGGACAUUGAAACAGGUCAGGUCAUAGGUCAUUUUCUGAUGUUCUAUCACUGUAGAAGAUGGUAUGAGAGCUAUAUUUCACCCAAUAAGCACAGGAUUCUAUUACGUCCUGACAGUCUCACAAGGGUGGUGGCUUUACCUGACAACUACCUGUUAGAAAAUGUCUAUGUUAAUCCUAACUCCAACUACUCUGGUCUGUCUGUAGGAACCAUCCCACCAAUAUUUCGUGCUCAUGUCAUGACAUUUAAUGCCUUAGCUGGUGACAAUAGAAUUGUCAUGGCAAAUCAGAAAGAUCUGGAAAUCCGCUCUGUAGAAACAUGGGAUAUUCUUUAUGGUGUUCAAAAUCUUGACCUUCCUACAAACAUACAACAAAUGAAAUCCAGUCCGCUUGGUGACUUCAUUGCUCUGCGCUGCGUUCACCCUGUUCAUUGUAAGGAGUACAGCGUCAAUGUAAUCGCUUUGCUCAACUUUCGGACUCUAGAUAUUUUGUUCAAAGUGGAUGUAUGUGGCUGCUACUGGCCAGUGUCAGAGGUUAUCAAUCUUCAAGUCUUCCCCUACUUUUCUCCUGGUGAGGCUUCCAUAUCACUAAUGAAGAAUUGUACCUAUCAUCGCAAAGUAGUCACAUACAAACUACCAAUACCCCGCUUGAAUCUGCAGUACCUGUGUCGAAGAGCAAUACUCCAUCUGACAAACUUUAGAGAUCUGAGCAAGUUGCCUCUUCCAAAGAAGAUCAUCAGCUUUCUCCAGGCCAAACCAUCUGUUAACAAGGGACAAACCAUUGUGAUUAUCCAGCCACAGAGAUAAUUGGUCUGCGUACCCAGGACACUGCCAUCAAUUAGCACCAACUGUAACUCUUCAGCUGGCACCAUAUAUAAGUGAGGAGACAAAAAGAACUGAUGUACACACAUAUAUCCUUCUGAAACUUUGUGUGUCUGUUAAACACUUGACAGUUUAUCUAACUUCAUAUUAUAACUACAAUGUAAGACAAGCCAAAUAACCAUUGCCUUUAAUUCUAUUUUUCAAAAUAUUUUGGCAGAUACCUGUAAUCAGGUAGGAAAGCAAUGUAUUUUGGUAGAGCCAGAUUUAACUAGAAUUAUAUAGUAAUUCAGAUUGGUUUGUUGGUAAUGUCUGUGCAGAGUAGAAGGCGGUGAGAUUAUGGGUUAUAUAUAUAUAUAUAUAUAUGUUUUAGUAUUUUAGUUUUAACGGUAUGUUAGAGGUUGUGUCUGACCAACAUUUUCUGAUUUAUUGUUCCUAUCAUGUUUUGUAGAUUUCAUCAUAUUAAUUAUGUCAGCUUUAUUCUUCAUCAUAUUAAUUAUGUCAGCUUUAUUCUUCAUAUUAAUUAUGACAGCUUUGUUCUAUUCUCAGAAUGGGAUCUGCAGCUACUUACUGACCGGCCACAUCACUCCUCAGAGUUAUAACAGAGUUAUCAAUUAGUAUCAGGCAUACACUGGUGAUGCAUUUUACAUUGUGGCUGUGGUCUCCCUACCAAAUUAUUAUUUAUACCAUCUGACAUAGUACUAGAUUAUUUCUUUAUUUUUUUCAAAUGUUUCACAGAUUGAUGAAAAAUAUCCUUUUAUAUAAGUGGAAUUUACUCUAUCGUGUAUGUAAACUAGAAUUGAAUCUCCUUAAUUGACUCCAUGGUGUAUGUAAACUAGAAAUGAAUCACCUUAAUUGACUCCAUGGUGUACAUAAACUAGAAUUGAAUCUCCUUAAUUGACUCCAUGGUGUACAUAAACUAGAAUUGAAUCUCCUUAAUUGACUCCAUGGUGUACAUAAACUAGAAUUGAAUCUCCUUAAUUGACUCCAUGGUGUAUGUAAACUAGAAUUGAAUCUCCUUAAUUGACUCCAUGGUGUAUGUAAACUUAUAUUGAAUCUCCUUAAUUACUGUUAUUUCUUUGGGUAUCCAAUUUGUGUAUUGACAGUGCUUUAUCUUCUUAAUGUUUCUUUUCUGUAAUAGGAACUAUAUAUGUUAAUUAUACUACUGUAGCUGUUUACUUGCCAAAAUUACAUACUUGUAGUAAACUCUCUCUCUUUUAUGAGUUAUGUUGCUUAAAUUAAACGUCUCUAUUAAACAUGAGACAAGAUAACAGGUUAGAGAUUGAAUAAUUAUAAGUUAAGUCAGGUUGAAUUUGUACAUUUCUAGUUGAUGUUCAUUUUUAUGAAUUAUUUUUUAAACUUAAAGUUCAACAAAUCUAAUUAUAUAUAUAAUUGUAUAUUUUAUAAUCAGCAUACAUAUUCUCUAAUAAUCAUUAGAAUUCAUUGCUUCAUUAGCUCAGUCAGUAGAGUAUUUGAUAAUAAAACCUCAGGCGAAGGUCUGAAAUGUGUAGUUCAACCCCAUCCAGGACAGUUUGCCUUUGUGAUCAAGAAGCAACGGUUGCAGACAGUAAUAUGCUGUUGUUGUCAGCUCAUGGUCAAGACACUUUACCCAAAUUGCUUUGAACAUUAUGGAACAGUCUUGCAUUAUAUUGUUCAAUGAGGUAGCCACCAGCUACUACAAGAAGAAAAUUGUGCUAUUAUUACAUCAUUUGGAUUAUACAUAUACAAAUUAAUUCACCAUUCUAUGGUUUAUAAUAAGUAAUAUCAUCACAUGUUUACAUCAUCAUUGAUUUAAUGUGACGUCACAACACAUCGGACAUCUGAAACAUUUAUAUAGGUACUACUGGUGUCAAUCCUACAGUCACCCUCAAGUCAUUACAGUUAGCUCCCUUUGUUUCACUCAUUGUCACAUUGUUGUAGACACUUUCAUAUUAUGUGCAUUGUCAUUAGAUUGACCCACAAGUCAUCAAUUUGCCUUCAUGACAAAGUUACAGUAAUAUAUAAACCUCAUUAGUACUUCGAGUCAACUUUGGGCUGUUAUAUUUUCUCUCAUCAUCAAGUCAGUACAUUCACCAUCAAGUUUUUAGGUUAUACCAGAAUAUUAGAUAAUGUAAAAUAUUUGAGAGAAUGUUUACAUCUAUGAAUAUGAGCCUUUAUAUUUUGAAGCUUGCCCGCUAUUAAUUUUGAUCCAUUGAAAGUUUUAAAAUAAGAAAUCAACAUCAUUUUGUCGGAAAUAUAAAUUGAGGUAUAUUGUAGAUGAAAGGCAGCAAUUUAAGCAAUACUCAUUACACACAUGGACAAGAAAACCAUUUUCAGAUUUUGACUUUUUAUAGCUAGGAAGUCAACCUGUAUAGUUGAUAUGUACCCAGUAGAUAGAUAGUUUCAAAUGUCAAAAAUUUAGAUAUUUGUUUAAGCAUGGCCAUAUUUUACUCAAACAUAAUUGUAUAAUAUUCUGCGGAUGAAGGUUUUGACAUUUUUACUUGUAUAUAUGUGUGUUAAUGUUUGAUUUGAAACUAGCUAAUGUUGAUAUAAUAUGUUCAUAAACUAGCUAAUGUUGAUAUAAUAUGUUACACCAUGGCCAUGAUGAACAUACCUGCUCUAAACUUAAUAGUUAGAAUUAUGGAUUUGGAGGCAAGUUUCUUUUAUCAAUUCACAAUCUAGAAGUUCCACUAAUGUUAUAAGUUGGACUGAAUGAUAUACUAUAUUAUGAAUUAUUACAGGAUGUUUAUAUGUUUUAUACAAAGCCAAUUUUAGCAAAUAGGGGAAAAUUAGAUUACAUUUUAUUGUAUUUGUGAUCUAAUAAUUAUGUUUACUAUAUCACUAACUUGUUGAAAAUGUAUUGAACUGUUACAGUAAAUAGUUAAAAUGGCUUUAUUAUAUCCCAGUUAACAAAUUGAUUUACUCUAGCUUCACUUGUGACAAAGACACUUUUAUUAUAGCUCUUAUAUAUUAAUCAUUUCUACUAAAAGUAGUGUCAAAAUCAGCAUUAGCCUCCCACAUCUCAUACAUUAGACUGGCUCUUGUCUCUAGAAUAUUAAAAUUAUAAAUAAAAUUGGAGAUUUAUAAUUUUGGUCUCUAGGAUAUUUCUAGAGACUCAAUCUAGUGGGAGAUAUGCUAGUGUAAGUACUCAGGGGUGGGUAGCCAGUCUUAUAUCUUAUAAAUAGAUGAAAUUUAUGUAGUUAUUUGUAUUACCUUAAUAUUGCAAUGGAUACCAUUUUGUAUUUUUAAAGUUGGCUUUAAUUUCAACAAUUAUUUUUCCAAAUUUCACCUCACAUACAGUAAAUUAUAGAACCUUUUAAAGACGAAUGGUAAACAAACACUAAAUAUAUGCCAUUUUUUACAGAUUUUGUAUGGAUUUAGCCAUAUGUUGGUGCUAGAAUACAAUGGCAAGUUAAUUAUAAGUGAACACAAAACUUACCUAUUAGUUACUAUCUUAAUUUCCACACAAAAAUAUCUUCAGUCUUUACUGUAGUAAUGUAUACAGACUCAAAAAACCUCUUCUCGGGCAUCGGAAGCUGCCUGUGAAUGAAAGUACAUCUUCCUAGCCAUGCCUUGAUAGAUUUUUAAUGUUAUCAGAUUUGGGGUUUAUAUAGAAGUACAGAGUAACAUUGUAUGUGUUGUAUAUUUGCAUAAAGAAAAAAACAAUUGCCAAAAAUUAUAUCAACAAUACCUUAAAUUAUAAUAGUGUGAAUAAGAGUGAUGAAGCAUGUUCCUGUCUGGAAAAAUAAUAAAUAAUGGAAUUUUUUCAUGAUCAUUCAAUCAGAAAUAAUAUAAUUAAACUGUCAAUUUAUUGUAUAAUGCGGGAGUAGUUUUUUUGUUAAAACGUUAAUUAUCAGCAGUUAUAAAGGAAUGAUAUUGAAUAUUUACUAAUAUUACAGGUAUGUGGUUAAAUUAAGUCAGCUCUGCAUUAUUUUUCUCUCCUCAAUUUUUAUACUACCCUAUAUGGAAAUAAGGUUCAAUUUUAGGGUAUGUAUAAGGUGACUUGCUAAGUCAGUAAGUUAUACCAUUGGUAUAUAAAAUACAUACAUGUAUUUGAAGUAUAAGAUUAUUGUCAACAGAUGAUAUACUCAGGAAUAUUAAUAUAUUAAAAAAAAACUUUAAUACAUUGAAAGUCCAUUUUCAUACAAUAAUAGAUAUUGUUUCAAUUUAAAAGAUAAUUUCUUUUAUUUUAUAUGAUUAAAAUCACGUUUUUCAUUUCAAUUAGGCACUUGCAUACUCUGUCAUAUAGAUAUCUAUGUAACAUAUGCUACAAAAAUGAAAUCAGAUAUCCAUGUAGCAUAUGCUACAAAAAUGAAAUCUGAUAUCCAUGUAACAUAUGCUACAGAAGUGAAAUCAGAUAUCCAUGUAACAUAUGCUACAUAAGUGAAAUCAGAUAUCCAUGUAACAUAUGCUACAUAAGUGAAAUCAGAUAUCUAUGUAACAUAUGCUACAAAAACGAAAUCUGAUAUCCAUAUGACAUAUGCUACAAAAAUAAAAUAAGAUAUCUAUGUAACAUAAUGCUACUAAAGUGAAAUCUGAUAUCCAUGUAACAUAUGCUACAAAAUGAAAUCAGAUAUCCAUGUAACAUAAGCUACAGAAGUGAAAUCAGAUAUCUAUGUAACAUAUGCUACAUAAGUGAAAUUAGAUAUCCAUGUAACAUAUGCUACAUAAGUGAAAUCAGAUAUCUAUGUAAACAUAUGCUACAUAAGUGAAAUCAGAUAUCUAUGUAAACUUAUGCUACAAAAAAGAAAUCUGAUAUCCAUAUGACAUAUGCUACAAAA